CUCUUGGGUUUUUCUAGAGUACCAACAGUAUCACGCUGGGUUUUAGGGUUUUAUGGAGUGACAGGAACAAACCGCAGCGGUGGUGGGAACGAAGAAAUCCUGUGGGAGGUUGUAACCUUGCAUUCACAGCUCCUGUCUCUCCUGUUUUAACUCAUCCUGCCUUCUCAUUUGUGAAAUCCCUCCAAGAGUCAAGCAGCGAUGACAGCUCCAAGUUCAGCACAGAGGAAGGCCUGCUGGGAGGCAAGAGACCAGCUGUGGAAAUGUCUGGAUGACAAUGAGGACAAAGCUGCAUCCUGCCAGAACUUCCAGAAGGAAUUUGAGGCAAAAUGCCCCGCUCAGUGGGUGAAAUAUUUCAUAAAGAGGAGAGAUUUCUUGAAAUACAAGGAGAAGAUGCAGACAGAUGGGUUCACACCUGCUGAAGGCCCACGGCAGCCCUCCUAACACCUGGACAGCAGACAGCGAGAAUCUGCAAACGGACUGACCUUUGGCUUCAUCAAGGCCAGAGCAGGACUUGGAAAGCAGUUUUCUAACUUGAUUGUGGACAGAGAACCUGUACUUCAACUUUAUCAUUAUUUAUUUGUACAGAGUCAUAAGAGUUUGAAAAUUGUUUGAUCUUCCAUCCUCAGAAAUAUGUGGCGUCAGCUCUUGUUAACCAGUCCAAAUGAUCUGAGAUGCUUUGUAACAAACGAAGAGAUGAAGAUAAACCCAAAAUGUAAAAUUACAUUGCAGUAGUUAAAAUAAAUGCAGCUCUUAUAUGAAUCCACACACACACAAAUAUAUUCUGGGUCAAGGCAACACUCAACUGUAAUACUGUAAGAUGGUUUUUCUGUAAUUUUGUUCAUUUAAAGUAAAAACUCUUCUGUAUUAUUGUGUGUCCAGACCACAGUGUUAUUCUGUUGUUUGGGUUGAAUGAAGUUCUUGUGCUUUCAAUUCAGUCAUGACUCCUGGUCAAUGAACUAAAAAAAAACAAACAAAAAAUACAUGCUGAUCUUUCUAAUUGCUGAUACUUGUUUUUAAAUUCCAGGACAGUGCCUCAUUAGGCAAAAUCUCAGAAGUGUGACUGACGUGUGGUUUGUGAAUAAAUAAAAUCAACUCA